AUGUCAGGUAGGAAGAACGGAACAGCUCGGCACCCAAGUCCGUGUUACAUCGGACGAGCAUCGGCCGGUCAUUGUUCAAAGCCCGUUAACAACCCGGCCGGCGAUCGCACGGUGUCCUGUUACCUGCUCGGGUACCGGCCGUAUUCCUUCCGAUGUCCGGCCGACCUCCGGCCGGUAGUUGCUGCCACAUCGGCAGAAAAAAACUCCCAAUUUGAGACAGACUCCGUACGGUCACCGGCCGGUGUUCGGAAGGACACCAUGACAUCCCAGUGUGACCAAAUGGAUAUGGACCCUUCCGCUUCUCAAGAGUCGGGUGGCGAACCACCACGCAAAAAUACUCGUUUGGACAACGACUAUUUGAAUUAUUCUAAGUGGGAUGCGGACACAGUUGCUGAUAAACUGCGACAAAAGGGUCUAAUUGAAACUGCUGAGCGUUUUCGUGGUGGUUUUCUUGCUCGCCUGGGCCUGGGCUGCGGUUGUUCAGGGGCAACCAAACUAGUAUAUGAACCUCGACUAGGAUCAAGAGAAGCAAAAGAUGAGGGAUUCUCAUAUACCGAAGGUGAUCUUGUAGAAGGAGUCGUGGGGUCAACAGUAAUACGGCUGGAGUCCGAAAGACAAGUGUUCAACGACCCAAUACACGGCCAUAUAGAACUACAUCCGCUGUGUGUUAAGAUCCUCGACACUCCGGAAUUCCAGCGGCUACGAUUCAUUAAACAACUCGGCACCUGCUAUUUUGUUUACCCAGGGGCAUCCCACAACAGAUUUGAGAAUAGCUUGGGAGUGUGUCACCUAGCAGGUAAACUCCUUCGCGUUAUACGUCAACGACAACCAGAACUGGACAUAACAGACGUUGAUGUUCUCUGUGUUGAAAUAGCAGGCUUGUGCCAUGAUCUUGGCCAUGGCCCAUUUUCUCAUCUUUUCGAUGUCGCCUUCAUACCGACUGUGUCACCUGGUACCAGAUGGAAUCAUGAAGAUACAUCGAUAAAGACGUUUCGAUACCUAGUAGAAGAGAACCAGUUGAACACAACAUUUAAGAAAUACGACCUGACGGAUGUUGACAUUACCUUUAUAGAAGAAAUGAUCGCUGGGCCUCAGCAUUAUUGCGAAGAUAUAUGGGCGCUAAAAGGAAGAACAGAAGAUAAAAGCUUCUUGUAUGAGAUCGUUGCCAAUAAGCGAAAUGGAAUUGAUGUAGACAAAUGGGACUACUUCGCACGUGACUGCCUCAUGCUAGGAAUCAGAAACAAUUUUGACUACACACGCUUCAUUCAUUUUGCACGUGUUGUGCAAGUAAAUGGGGCAUAUCAAAUAUGUACACGAGAUAAGGAUUCCGAAACACUAUAUGACAUGUUUCAUAUACGCCAGACGUUAAAUCGCAUAGCUUAUAGCCACAAAACAUCGAACAUCAUUCAAAAAAUGGUGACUGAGGCCUUCGUUAAAGCCAAUGAUCAUAUCAAGUUUGUCGGAGAAAAAGGAAUAGAGAAGAAAAUGUCAGAGGCCAUUCAUGACAUGAAAGCUUUCAGUCAGAUGACAGAUCACGUGUUUAAUCUGAUACUGAAUUCAACGGACCCAAACCUGAAGGAAUCAAGGGACAUUUUAACAAACGUUUUGAAGCGCAAGCUGUACAAGUGUGUGGGACAAACGCAAGCAAAGGGAGAGCACAUGAAAAAAGAGGUUCUGUAUAUGCUGUACUUUAUUAUUCAGCUAGAAGACAAACACGUGAUGAUCAAAGAGAUGCGCAAACUUAUGGACGACGAUGAGUACGAAAUUUCCCCAUUGUAUGAUAUGAGCGAUCAUGGCAUUGUUUUGCUGUUUGUGGAUUUAGACCACGGUAUGAACGAGAAAAAUCCCAUUGAGAACACGAUGUUUUAUUGCAAGGAAAAGCCCAACGAAGCUUUCCAUAUUCGUCGAGAGCAGGAAUCUAACUUUCUGCCCUCACUGUUCAAAGAGCAAGCAAUUCGCGUUUACUCGAAAGCGGUUGAUCAGCGCUCCCAGAAUAUAGUUAGACAAGCUUUUGUCCGUUGGUGCGAAGAAAACAAAUAUCCAACACCAAAGGGUGGAUAUGUCAGCUCAGGUGGUUUAACCCGAUUCAAAGCCGGCAAAAGACUCACAGACCAGGUAAAGGAAGCGGAACAACAACACACUCGAAGCAGGAAUAAUACGGCAAAUAUCAAACAAGAACCAGAUAUGGAAUGGAACAGUGCAGCAUCGUGCUAUUAA